GUACGUUGUAGCCUCUCAGUGCUGGAGUCAUUUCUGCAUGCUGAAGGAUGUUAAUUUUGCAGUCAUGGCAAUACGGCUGCCUUCUCCUAAGUGAUUGAUCGACCGAGUAACAAAAUGAAAUUGUUUAUUCAACUGAACAUUUUUUUGUCUUGGACUUUUAAAUGUUAUUUUGCAUGGAGGGAAACACCGAGACUUAUCCUGAAACAAGACGAGGAAAAUACAACCCUGCAAUAUCCCAUAUAUCAGAACCACACAGUGUUCUUUCACCCAGAUGAUUCUGAUGAUCUAUACGUUGGAGGAACGGACUUUGUAUUACAGAUUGAUGUUCAGAACUGUCGGAUCAUAGAGGAAUUUACACUAAACACGACAGGUGAACAGACAUGUACAGAGGGACCAUGUGAGAAUGUCAUUACUGUGAUCCAACAUUUUCAAGAUAGUCUGUUUGUAUGUGGGACAAAUGGACACAAGCCACAGUGUUGGAAGCUGUAUUCCCAGAUCGACAAUCAAACACAUGAAAUAGUGGAGAGUUAUGAAGGGAUUGGGAUCUCACCACACAUUUACACACAUAACUCAUUGUCGCUCACAGUAGAGGGGGAUUUAUAUGCUGCUGCUCCCUUGGAUAAUGAUGGAAGUUCACUUCAAUUCAGAAGGAAAGCAGGCAGCAGAACCAAUGUGUGGAUGUACGACACAUGGGUGUCAGAACCCACCUUCAUAUCUGCCAACUGGAUCCAGCGUUCCGAUGAUCCACAUAAUGAAAAGAUCUAUGUCUUUUUCCGAGAGAAGAACUCUGACAAUAGUCCGGAGGCUGAUCCCUGGAUAUCAAGGGUGGCCAGAGUUUGCAAGAUAGAUGAAGGUGGGUCAAAGAGAUUCUUCCAGAAUACGUGGACAUCUUUCCUGAAAGCUCGUCUUGUGUGUGGAAUUCCAAAAGAGUCUCUCUAUUUCAACCGUCUUCAAGACAUCUAUGUGUUGCAUUCUGAGGACUGGAAGGGUUCAAGAGUUUAUGGCCUUUUCACAAGCAGCUGGAACUCUACUGCUGUAUGCGUAUACUCAAUGGAAGAUAUUGAUAGCAUUUUUGAAAACUCCACCUUCAAAGGCUUUGAUAAAGAAAUUCCUAAUCCCAGACCUGGAAGGUGUGUAUCAAACAGUAAGACCUUGCCAUUGGAUACCAUCAAUGUAGUAAAGGAUCACCCUGAAAUGAGUGACUGGAUCCAUUCCAUACACCCCCGUAUUCCUUUCUACAUAAGCAGCAACAACUAUACCAAGAUAGCUGUGGACCAAGUUCAGGCAGCUGAUAAACAAAUGCAUAAUGUGCUGCUUCUAGCCACCGACUCUGGAAAGAUACACAAAAUUUUAGAGGAUGGCUCAGAACCCUUCAUCAUCUCAGAAAUACGACCCUCCAACCACUCAGCCAUUAUUCGAUCGAUUAAACUGGAGUCUGCGAAGAGAAAGCUGGUCGUGGGCUUCUCUGAGCAGAUCUCUACCCUGGACCUGGAAAGGUGUCAGGACUACAAUAGCUCCUGUGAGGAUUGUGUUCUAGCGCGGGACCCUUACUGUGCUUGGUCCAAAUCCGGCUGCACCCCAACUGUUCUUGGAAGCAUUCAAAACAUCCUUGAUGGACAGACCAGUGUGUGCCCGAAAACCACACAAGAGUCAAAGAAACUGAACAGAACCAAACGAGAGACUCAGCCUCCUUCCUCAGAGCCUCCGACAGCUGUUCAUGAAGUCCCGCCGAAUGCCCCUUUCUACCUUUCCUGUCCAAUAGACUCUUACCAUGCUGUCUAUACAUGGGAGCAAGGAGGCCACAGCAAACCCUGUCUGCCCUUGCAGGCCAAUUGCCUGCACCUCAUCCCUGCCAUGGCCCAAGAAAACUACGGAGGGUACAUAUGCGUGUCCAAAGAGAGAGACUACAACAAAACAGUGAAAGCGUACCAGCUCAACCCAAACAGAACCAUCAGAAGCCCAUCCGUCCUCAGUGGAAGCACCAGUGCUAAAGCAGAGAUGGCCCUGUUAAAUCUUAAAACUGUACUUUCCACCCUUUCCUCCUUUAUCCUAACCAAUAGGCUACGUACCUGCAUGCUGCCUUGUGACAUUUAGCAGUUAAAGGCUCAGGUGCAAAAAGGUUUGUGCGGAAAUAGAGAGCGUUUGAUUCGAGAGACUCAGAAUGAUCUGUUGGCCUGUGCAUGUUCGCCAGCCUCCCCAGCAUAAAUUCUUGUUUGAAUCCCUUGAUCCCUUGAUUGUUGGUAGUGGGAACACAUCUGAUAGGCUAGAUGUUAUCAGAGAGGGAACAGGAUGGAGCACAGGAACAACACUUGGGCAUUUAUUUAAUUUCCAAGUCCGUUUUUAACUUCUGGCUCUAUAAGAUAAAUAAAGCAAAUAAAGUCAGAGACUUUGAUACCAUGUCAUUGAGUAAUAAUAUGGUAAAUUGAAUUUACUAUAUGGAUUGGAAUGUGUAGUUACAGUAUGGAUUAUAGCCGAUGUGGAGAAUGUGUUCUUAUUGCUUUGCAUCUUUAAUUUCCUCAUAAUUACUUCAUAAUUGUCACGGCCACAGCCGUGCCCCCUUGUUGUUUUUGGUUUUGCCCUGCCCUAGUGUUUCCCUGUGUCUGUCAUUGUCUUCACCUGUGUUUCGUUGAGUGGUUUCAGUUCUCGUUAGUCUUAUUGUGUCCACCUGUGUCUUGUUUGGUUCUGUGUAUUUAGGUUCCUGUUUUGUGUCCAGCCUUUGUCUUGUCCUUACCCUUCUUACUGUUUAGUACCCUGUCUGUUUCCCUAUUAUCAAGAAUAAACCUUGUUUGAUGCGC